UGAAUGAACUGAUAACUGGCGUCGCUUGACUGCUGUCAGGGUGUGUGUUUAAAUGUUAUUCCCGGUCAGAGUCGGCAGAGAGCAGCAAGCGCAUCCCUCUCCUCCCGCCUCAUGUGAUUAUGAUCUGUCACACAGCUGCUUGAACAAGGACUGGAAAACUUGAUGCACUUUGUUUGGAAUUGUUCCUCAUUUGAAAUCAUGUCUCUGUACCGAAAUGCCAUCUGGUUUUUGAAUGGAAUCCAGCAAUAUACAAGGAAGGGAUACGAAGUGGCAUCUAAAGAGUUUGAUCCCCGGGACCUGGAUGUGUCGGUGGUGGGGAGGUCAUUUAUGAUUACUGGUGCCAACAGUGGAAUUGGAAAAGCAACAGCCGUGGCUAUAGCCAAGAAAGGUGGCACGGUCCACAUGGUUUGUAGGAACAAAGAUAAAGCAGAAGAAGCCAAAGAAGACAUUGUUACUAAAUCUGGGAACACGGAAGUAUACAUCCAUAUUGUGGACAUGUCCCAGUCACGCAAAGUCUGGGAGUUUGCAGAGGCCUUCAAGAAGCAGUAUCCAUCACUGAAUGGUUUGAUAAACAAUGCAGGGUGUAUGGUGCACAAGAGAGAGCUGAACGCUGAAGGGCUGGAGAAGAACUUUGCCACCAACACCAUGGGGGUGUAUAUUCUCACACAGACUCUUAUACCACUUUUACAGAAGAGCCGGGAUCCAAGAGUGAUCACUGUGUCCUCAGGAGGCAUGCUGGUACAGAAACUCGAGGUCGAUGACUUGCAGUCAGCGAAGGGCUACUUUGAUGCCGUUAUGGUCUACGCACAGAACAAGAGACAGCAGGUGGUGCUGACAGAACAGUGGGCCAAAGCCAAUCCUGUCAUUCAUUUUUCUGUCAUGCAUCCAGGCUGGGUAGACACACCAGCCGUUUCUACAUCAAUGCCUCAGUUCCACCGGAUGAUGGAGGACAGGCUGCGUACUGUAGAACAAGGAGCCGACACAGUCGUGUGGUUGGCUUUGUCCAGGGUGGCUUCCAGAACACGCAGCGGGCAGUUCUUUCAAGAUCGGAAGCCUGUUCCCACCCACCUCCCUCUGGCUUGGACUCACAGUUCGGCUGAGGAGAUUCAGAGGUUCAUGACUCAAAUGGAGAAUCUAUCCAAAGCUGUUCAGUUGCAAGCUGACGCAGAUCCCGCUGGACCUUGUAGACCGCAGUUUGUCUAGUUUCUCUGCUUCUCCACGUCAUAACCAUAUGACCAGCUACUGGAAAAGGUGUCAUCGAUUCUUAACAAGCCUCCUGUCUACAACAACAGUUGCAUGUUUAUGAAACUGUGUUGUGUAGUGUCACAAAAUAUUGAUUAAAGACGAAAUAACUGACUUGAUUGCAUGUGCACUCAUGUCUUGUAUAUUUACAUUACAAAAACAGAUUUCUGACUCGUGCUUUAUAUUUGGAAAUUUGCACAAAUGUCCACAGUGCUUAAAUCUCAGAUGUGCAGUUGAUGUUUGAUGAAAUAAAAAAUAAAAACAUGGCUUUUCUGCACCUGA